AUGGCGACUGGCCACCACGGAGGUAGCGGAAGUCAGCAACAACAGUCGGGAACGUGGACGGAACCGCCGUGGUCGGGAUGGAUAGAGACGACGGGGGAUGCAUUGCUGAUCCUCGAGGCUGCCAGGCGCGGCAUCAUACCACGUGUGACGAGACGCUUGGUCGAUUCCGAAAGAAAAAUGAUCACCUCCGGCUCCGUUUUCGUUUUCGACGAAGACGAGAGCGGGAUCAAACGAUGGACGGAUGGCUUCUUCUGGAGCCCGAGUCGUAUCCUCGGCAACUUCCUUUUGUAUCGCGAGACGGAGAAGAAAGGCGCGGGACACCGAGGGCGAGCAGCGGCUGAAGAGGUAAACGAUGAAUCGCAGUAUAACGUUGAGGGUGUGAAGGUUGAAGGGCAAAGCCUGAGUCGGCCCAAGUCCGACGUUAGUCAUCUGGGUGUGGACAGGCAGAGGGAAAGAACGCUCGUCGGGAGCUUGACGAACAGCUACAAGUUCAAGCCGAAUGGUCUGAUGAAGAAGACAUUUUCCCUAACAAUUGAGGGCGUCGCCCAGCAUCUGAUCUCGUAUUACAGAGUGGAAGAUGUUGAGAACGGUAGGCUAAGGUCGCCGUCGUCGUUACCUGAACUCGCCUCGCUGGACAUCAGUCCGGAAUACCUGGACCGCACACAUUUCCGUAUCGCACCGAAGGUCGAAAUUGGCAUCGACGGUCGACCAAGGUAUCGCGGUGAGGCCGACGACAUUGAAACGAGCCCUCAGCCGAUAACUGCCCCCCUUUCCUCGGGUCUUCCCCUUCUCACAGACGGUCGAAUAACAGAGGGAACAUCCGCAGCCAAACGUAACAAACGCUUCGAACCAUACGGCUCGCCACCCAUGCAAAAACGUGUCCGCAAGUCCAACAAACUCUCCAACUCUGCAGACGGCGAGGACUCCCCUUCUGAAGCUCAACAACCGUCGUCUUCGACCGCUUCUACUUCCGUCGGCCCUCAGAACCAACCGCCUGCAUCCGCUUCGUACGCUGACCCCAAUAACGUGGCAGCGACAGCACCAGCACCUACGCCUUAUCCUUACGGCGUAGGAGUACCUGGGUACUACCAGGUGCCUGGGUAUCCUAUGCCACCCAUGUACCCCCCGGGCGCAGAUCCCAAUGUCCCAGCUCCUGGUUAUUACCCUUACUACCCUCUCCCGCACGGUCCUCACGCUCAAGUGCCAUCCGUGUAUUACAUUCUGUCCGAUCGACCCAUGUCCACAUCUCGUCGCUGA